UAAGGCAAUCCAUACACAGAGCGUUCUCCAUAAUCAUGAAGUUGGCACUUGUCGUCCUCUUCAUCACCCUGGCAUGUUGCUGCACCUCUGUUUCUGCUGAUAUGUGUGAUCCUGUUGACGAGUUUCUGCAAGCAAUGCUGAAUAAAUCAGAUGAAGAAUUUAAGGAGGUAGCUGAAAAUUAUGCCGAGGACGACCAUGGGGUAGAAGCCGCAAUGAAGUUAAAAAAGUGUGCAGAUAAACUGUCAAGCGAGGAAAAUCCUGCUUACUUUAAAGUGGCGAAAAAUGUAAUGGCCAAAUGCAAAGAAAGCUGGAAGGAGGAUUGAUCCAUGGAUGAAUCCAAGCUGAUUCCACAGGCAGACUACUAGCAUCAGUUGUUGCAAAGCAACACUCAUUGAUCCAUUCUUCUACUUCUUCUGUACUGUCACUAUUCCAUCCUGAGAUUUCUCUCUCAAUCUGGAUAAUAUUCAACAAAUACUAUCGAGAACCUAGAGAAAUCUCACCUGUUGUUCUUGAAUCAUUCAUAA